AGAAUGGCGGCGGUGAACUUUAACCACGGUGUUGAAAUUUCUUUGGCUGUCGGAGGAGUGGCCCUAUGACAAACUACCAGUUUCCUGCGCUGCUCGCCGACCUGCAGGACGCGAUCAUGGGGAGCACUCUGUUCAAAUGUGCCGCCACCGACCUCGGCAUCCAGUGGGCCGGCUGGGCUCUGGCUGCAGCUUUCAAAACCGAGAAGUUUUAUGAUUUGGCAGGGUCUGGCACAUUUAUACUACUUGCCCACCUCAGUCGUAUCUGGGGAGGAGCCACUCACGUCCGUCAGAAGGUGCAGACUGGGUUGGUGACAGCGUGGGGACUCAGGCUGGGGACAUUCCUCUUCAUGCGGAUCUUGAAGGACGGUCAUGAUCGCAGGUUCAACAAUGUCAGAGACAGCCCGGGGACUUUCUUUGUAUAUUGGACUGUUCAAGCCAUGUGGGUAUAUGUGACUCUCCUGCCCACCCUCAUGCUGAACAGUGAGAAGCGAGAUGUACCUCUGGGAACUAGGGACUAUAUUGGCUGGACCGUAUGGGGCCUUGGCUUCGCUGCUGAGGCUAUUGCUGACCAGCAGAAAUGGCUUUUCAAGCGUGACCCAGAUAAUGCUGGGAAGUUCAUCCAGAGUGGACUGUGGGCCUACAGCAGACACCCAAACUAUUUUGGAGAGAUCCUGCAGUGGUCGGGUCUCUGGCUCUCAGCCUCAUCUGUGAUGCAGGGGCCCCAGUACCUGAGUGCGGCGUCACCUCUCUUCGUCUGGUUCCUGCUACGUUACGUCAGCGGCAUCCCCAUCCUGGAGAAGCAGGCUAUGAAGAAGUGGGGAUCUGACCCUGUCUUCCAGGACUACAUCAAGAACACUCCUCUUCUCUGGCCAUGGCCUAAAUUUUGAUGUUACAUAUUUGUUAUGUUUAAUUCAUUUACCAAAAUUUGCCUCCACAUAAAGGAUAUUUACACAUUCAAGCCAUUAGGUGUUCUGAGCACAAUACUUUGAAAUGAGUGUGCAGCUAUAAUCUGUCACCUGUAAUUAUUCUGUAAUAUAAAUUCCAGUUUAUCAUUCCUAGUCUUUACAUAAAAGCCUUCUGUGUAAGA